UGGGAAAUUUUGUAUGAUUUUAGGAUCUGGGUUGGUUUCCAAAUUCAAGAAGCAAAAUCCUAUCAAACGUUUAGAACACUCUGGUUUACUUGGAUAGUGUUGGUGGGAAAAACAGAGCAGCAACUGUCAUCAAUGGCUACCAGGAGACCUCUACAGUUUGUAUUGAAGAGGAUUUGCAGGGGUAGGAGUUUCAGUGCUCUUCCUGAACGGAGGCCUUCCUCUUCUCAGGAACUCAUCAAUUUGGAAUAUGAAUACUGCGCUCACAAUUACCACCCAAUUCCUGUGGUAUUUUCUCAAGCAAAGGGAUCAUGUGUAUGGGAUGCUGAAGGCCACAAAUAUCUGGAUUUCCUCUCAGCUUACUCUGCCGUCAAUCAGGGACAUUGUCAUCCCAAGGUCAUAAAGGCCUUGCUUGAACAGGCAGGAAGGGUUACUCUCAGCUCUAGGGCCUUCUAUAAUGAUAAAUUCCCACUAUUUGCAGAGCGGAUAAAAAGCAUCUUUGGUUAUGACAUGGUGCUACCAAUGAAUACUGGAGCUGAAGGUGUAGAAACAGCUCUUAAGUUGGCAAGGAAAUGGGGUUAUGAAAAGAAAAAGAUCCCCAAGGAUGAGGCUAUUAUUAUUUCAUGUUGUCGCUGCUUCCAUGGCCGUACCAUUGGUGUGAUUUCUAUGAGCUGUGACAAUGAAGCUACUCGUGGUUUUGGACCAUUGUUACCUGGCCAUCUUAAGGUUGAUUUUGGUGAUGCUGAUAUGCUUGAGAACAUCUUCAAAGAAAAAGGAGAUCGGAUUGCUGGAUUUUUAUUUGAACCCAUUCAAGGAGAGGCUGGGGUUAUAAUUCCACCAGAUGGUUAUCUAAAAUCUGUGAGAGAUCUAUGCUUGAAAUACAAUGUUUUAAUGAUUGCUGAUGAAAUACAAACUGGCAUAGCGCGCACUGGAAAAAUGCUGGCUUGUGACUGGGAAGAUGUUCGACCUGAUGUUGUGAUUCUAGGAAAAGCAAUCGGUGCUGGAGUCAUACCUGUAAGUGCUGUGCUUGCAGACAAGGAUAUAAUGCUAUGCAUCAAGCCUGGAGAACAUGGAAGCACCUUUGGUGGAAAUCCUUUGGCAAGUGCGGUGGCCAUUGCUUCACUAGAUGUCAUCAUUGAGGAGGGACUUAUUGAGAGGGCUGCAAAGUCGGGGCAGGAAUUUAGGCAUCAGCUAGUGAAGGUUCAGCAACAAUUUCCUCAGAUAGUAAAAGAAGUUCGUGGAAAAGGUUUGCUCAAUGCUGUGGAGCUCAGUGGCAAAGCUCUGUUCCCUGUUUCUGCUUAUGAUAUCUGUCUCAAGCUGAGGGAUAGAGGAAUUCUUGCCAAGCCAACACAUAACACUAUAAUUCGAUUAACCCCACCACUUUCCAUGAGUAUGGAUGAGCUCAAAGAAGGUUCAACAGCACUACAUAAGGUUCUGGAGAUUGACCUACCAAAGAUGAAGCAGCAGAAGCCAGAAACAGUUGCUCCAGCAGACUCUGAGGUUUGUGACCGGUGCGGUCGAAAUAUGUAUGGCUCUUCAGAUAAAGAUAUCUGAAUUCAAUGUGAAUUUCUACUGCUUACUAUUGAGUCUAUGAGUCAUACAUAGCUUUCCCCUGUCCAUCUCCCCUCCAAUGAGAAAGGGAAAACAGGAAAAAUUGUCUCUAGGUAAAAUCACGACUGUACUUCUAAAUCUGCAUUUCCUUUUAGAAAUAAAGAAAUAUCUUAAUAAAAAAUGUUGAAGGAAAAAAAUUAGUGAAGAAUGCCUACUGAUCAGCGUAU